AUGUUCUUCGUGCAAUUUGUCAAUGUGUGGACGUACUACAGAGAGUACAAUUUUGCCAUCUCGAUUGAAGAGGAGUACCGAGAAAACAUAGUUUUUCCAGGGGUCACACUGUGCAUUGAUGCCUGGUUGGAUUCUGUGAGAACGUGCACAUACACCAGCGGUAAAUGCGCCAAAAGCGAUCUAACGUACUCCGUUGGCCUUUAUUACGUGCAGAUCGAUCCGGAUCUUAGGAAAUUUGGCUCAUUUCCGCCGGACGAACUCUUUCAUUGUACGAUGCGGAACCCAAGCUGCGAGUCGUUUAAAUGUGUAGAAUCCAUGAAGGUGAGCUAUUUUCGCGCUCCGUCACAGCUUUGCUACACUCUUGACGUAGGUGCGUACCAACACGGGAUCGUCUCAAAAUGUAAAUCGCCGUGGAUGUACACAUUGGAGUUGAAGUAUCGUGUGAAUCGAUCCCGGGUCAUCACCUUUUUGCCAAAGAACAUAUACCCCUUGAUUGUACAUUCGCCUAAUAGCACCUUUCCGGACGCAUUAACGGCCAUCACGCUGCGACCUGGGACAGUCUACGAGCUCUCGAUGAAACAGGCUGCGCGGGUAUAG